AUGUCUGGAUCAGAUGUUGAUGGUAAGGAAAUCUCCGCUGAGAAGAACGAACCUGUAACAGCCGAGACAGCCGCUGGCGAUGCUGCCGAAGAGAGUCGCGACUCGGCCGCAUCGCUUGACAACGACGAAAAGUCAUAUUCUGGAUCUGAAGAGAAGAAUGGAGAAAGCGAAGAUGGAGGUGAAGAUGAGGAAGGCGGUGAUGACGAUGACGAGGGUGCGGACGGUGAUGAGGAGAAUGGCAAAGAAGAAGAGAAUGGACAUGUGAACUCCGCGGACACAAAUGGCAAUGAUCGUAAGCGGAUGUCCGAUGCGGGCGGAGAUGAAGAAGCAAGAGGUGGUGGUGCACCGGCGUUGAAGAAAAAGAAAGGCGACGAUGAAGAGGUGUUGUACAUGUAG